GGGAAAGGGCUGCAGUCGAGGGAGGAUAGAAACCUCCUUCCCCAUGUUUUCGAAGGCCACUGGGCUGCACCCUACUGACAGCUGGACGAGGUCGGGUCCGAGGAAUGAGAUUGCGAAGUCGUCUCGGGGUUCUGGCCCAGCAGGGACCCAGACCGCUCUGCCUUGGCCCCUGCCGCUGACAGUAGGAGGAGGUUGAAUAAAUACUUUCACUUCUGUUUUCCCCACCGGGGCGGAGCCCCGCUCACCAGUCAGCCCUCGCUGGCGGACGCCGACUUCCUGCUCCGCCUGGCAGCCCCCGCGGACCCAGGCAGGGACGCCGAGGGAUCCAAGGCCACCGUCCCAGGCCCCGGCGGGCCGGGCGGGAAGAUGGCAGCGGGGUCCUGGGACCUGACCCCCCGGACAGUCCCAGAUGCCCAAGAUGCAGAGGACCCUAUGAAGAUUGUCCUCAGAUGCUUCAGAGAACGCAAAGUACUUAUUUCCUAUGCAAUAAAGAAGUCAUUUCCUUUCCUCGAGGCUCUCCGUGACCGUGAGCUGAUCACCAACAAAAUGUAUGAAGAUUGUCAAGAGUCUUUUAAAAGCCUAAUACCUGUAAGUCAAGUGAUAUACAAAGUUCUCAAUGAACUGGAGAAGAAAUUUGACAUGGAAGUUCUGGAAGCAUUAUUCAGUGAAAUCAACAGGAUGGAAUACCCUGAUUUAAUGAAUGUUUACAAAGACUUCCAAAAUGGUCCAACCUUACCUGAAAAUAGACUCACAGACCACCCCCGUGAAAGAGAACAGGUAAAUGGAUUGAGAACACAAAAAACCAGGGAGAAAAAUGGUACACCAGGAAGCCACCAAACCAAUUGCCAGACUGCCGACAAGUCUGCACUAUUAGGAACAGAGACACACACACAAGCCUUCCAAGUUAAUUCCUGCUCUGUGGUUCUGGUGGAUAUAAAGAAGGAAAAGCCAUUUUACUCAGAUGAGGAGCAACAAACCCUUACCAGGGUGAAAAGGAGCCAGGCAUCGGACAUAAUAGUCAUCAGCAGCGAUGACUCCGGAGGACUCAGCGAUGGAGACGAGGUCCCCACAGCCUCCAGGUCAGCCCUGAGGAACGAGCCUGAGAUCAGUACGCAUGACCCGCUAGAAUCAAGUGAGGACAAAGAGACCCAAGAAGCUACUUGCUCGCAUAAGAUUAAACCAAAACCUAGAGAGUUCAGAGAUUCACCUACAUUCAGAAAAAGCCCUCUAAAAAGAGGAAGAGAACAUGUCUCUGAUUCUUCAGAAUCCAGCGAAGAGGAGACACUCCCUGUAUUCAACUUCUGGAAGCGCUCAGACUGGAGAGGUGGGCUGCAUGCAACAGGGCUCAGCAAUGGUGACUCUGCUGAACUGAAUCAUAGAGAAGAGCGCUCUGAAGCCCUAAGAAGUGGAUCAGGAGCAGAGCUGCAAGGACCUGGAAAUAAGUGUUCCUGUGUCAUUUGCUCCUCAGAAUGUGUGCCAGGAGGCCAGGAAGCAAGGACAGACAGUGGGCACACAUCUUCCAUGACAGAUGCCAUGCGUGUGGAAAACCACUCUGUGUUGGGAAAUGACAUUGGCAAAAGAAGAACAAAGAAAAGGCAUACAUGUAAAAUAAAGCCUCUCCAAAAACAUAAGAAGAAAUACAAGAAUUCUCUCCAUUUAGCUUCCUGUAGCCCUGAUCUUCUGCCAGGGAGGAAGAGAGGCAGGAGCAGACUUCUGAGUGCUGGAUCCCCCAGAAAAAGAGGUUGGCCAAAAGGUCCUAGAAUUUUCAGAGAAACACAUGUGAAUUUUCAUGUUCCUGAACUUCCCGUGACCUGCGGUAAUGCUAGGGGGACUCUGAUUAAGGACCUGUUUAAGCACGGAAUCUGGAAGAAGAGCAUCCAGAGUGAGGAUGGAAGGUGGUUCACCCCCAGGGAGUUUGAAAUUGAAGGAAACUAUGCACCCUCCAAGAACUGGAAGCUAAGCUUGCGCUGCCACGGCUGGAAACUGAAAGAACUGCUGGAGAAAGGAUACCUACCGGAGCCGCCAAGCAAAAAGGGAAAGCGGAGAACACCGGACCCUCCCAUCAAUAUCCCAGCAGACCCUUAUCCAGAAAACUCAAAUGAAUGUGAAGUGUGUAGCCAAGGGGGACAGCUGUACUGCUGCGAUACUUGCCCAAAAUCCUAUCACGAGCACUGCCACAUCCCAUCUGUGGACACCAAGCGAGACCCAUGGAGCUGUGUCUUCUGCAAGACAGAGGCUAUUCGGAAAAGGUGCCGAGACAGCCAACCAUGCCUCCAGGAAUCUGAGGUGCUGAUGAAGGAGAUGAGUGAUGAGGAUCAGCUGAAAUGUGAGCUACUCCUCUUGAAGGUCUACUGCUAUGCGAUCAAAGAUGCAACUCUAGGCCAACAGGAGCGCAUGGAUUUAAGCAUGAUCAAGGUCAGGCUGAGGGAGGAGAAGUACUUCCGAGUGAAGGAGUUUGUGCAGGACAUACGUCUCAUCUUUCAGAGCCACAAGGCAUGUGGCAGAAACAAAAAGAUCAACAGGCUGGGCCUUGGACUGGAAGCCAAAUUUGAGAAGAAUUUCAAAAACAUUUUUGGAGUCAAGGAAACAACUCCACACAAUGAUCCACUCUCCCAUUUGGGUCCUUUCAGCAGCCAGCAAUACAAUGGUCUGAUGAUCCAACAGUAGCCCUGCCUGUUCCUGGUCAGACAAGAUCAUGUUGUGCAAAUGUUUUUGUAGUCCCUUCUGUCCAUUUUUUAAAAAAAUAUAUAUAUAAUAAUACUUUAAAUCA